GCCUCUGUCACGUGGGCCUGUGUCGGAGGUCACUUACAACCACAAUGGAGCUGUCGGAGUUUGUGCAGAGGGGGCUUCAGUAUUUGACGGAUACGGACUAUUUUGACUCGAAAACAUUCACGGUGUUUAUUAAGGUAGCCUUCCAGAGCCUGCUCUCUUCCCACUCCGAUCAUGCGAUCUUAGGUGGUCCUGAGUUUAGACACGUCGACCAAACAUUGUUAAAACACUGUCAUGUAGCAACAACGACCUGCAUCCUGGAGUUUGUUAAGCAAAACGCUGACAAAUCUACGAUUAGCACGUGUCUUGAAGAUCUUAAAUAUGAUCCAGAAAGAAUAGACAUGUUUUGCAAUGAAUACCAGAAAAACAAAAGUGAUUUAGAACACUUAUUAGCAAGUUUAGGCAGAUGCCCUCCUCAGAUUUGUGAUGUCGCUUGGCGCCUGGAGUAUCAGAUAAAGAACAGUCACGUCCACAAAGUUAAUAAGCCGUCUUAUUUGAUCACCUUCAAUGUUGAGAACAGCGGCGCAAGAUCACCGGAAGAAAUUCAUUUCAGUUGCACAAUGGAGCAACUGCAGGACUUGCUGGGUAAGAUGAAAGACGCUGCAAAAAGUCUCGAAAAGGCCACACAGAUGUAAACCACAAGCUGUAAAGAAAUGGACGACAACUACAGAGCCCGACUCAUCAUCUGACCCUGUUCGACGAUUGAUGGGACCUGAGCUGAUUUCGACGCUUUGAAAGUAUAUUUUUUACUGGCUGUCGGUUUUGUUCUUUGCGAAGUGCACUAAAGAACGAUUAAACUUUUUUAUAUCAUGAAUAAAUUACUCCAAUAAAUCA